AUGGCGGCCGCGCGCGGCGCGUCGGACCUGCAGACACCGUUUGCUACGGCGUGCUUGGCUUCGCCCUUCGAGGCGCCGAGCCCCCGGGACAUGCACCUGUCGCCAGCGGAGGAGCGGCUGGUGCCCACGCCCUCCCUGGGCAGGAGCUGCGGGCUGCCUGCGGGUGAGUCAGCAGAGGGUGACUCGCCCCGGGAGCAGGCCGAGCGCGAGCGCGCGUUGCGCAUGCUCGCCUGCCUCUGGGCCAACACAGAGAAGGCUCCCUGGGCCGAGGCGCAGCCACCACAGGCGGACAGCAGAAAGCGCGAGCAGCCGCACCCGCAGCGGCCGGCCGCUCCGCCGCCUGCGUCGUGCGCGGUGCAGCACAAGAGCGGCGGCGCGACGGGCAAGCGCCUGUUCGGCAUUGUGGGCGACGGCCAGAGCGAGUGGCAGCCCCUCGUGCGCGAGUGCAACCAGAUGAUGGAGCUGGGUGGAGUGGACACCGAGUGGCUGCACGACAUGUUGGACUUCGCAGACACUGUGUACGGUUGA